CCUGCACUCUGCUCCUCCCCUCUUCUUCCCUCUCGGCAUCUCUCCCACGCUCCAAAGCCCAGCCUUCAGCUCCCCGGAUCUUCCCAAACUCUCCCGAGCUGAGGUGGGCGUGCGGACCCUCUGACCCUCUCUCGCCCACUCUUUCUCUGUCUCUCCCUCUUCGCUGCAGCUACAGGGGGGCUAUGGAUGGACUGCGUUUACCUCCACUCAUAGAGGAGGCUUUGGACUCUACAGAUGACCCCUGCGAUCUGAAAGCUGAGAGCAGCCCGACUAUGGACAACGAGAUAACAGCCAAGGAGCGGGGAGUCCUGGAGGAGAACAACGAGAAGGAGGAGAUGGACCAGGAGAGAUCUCAGGAGGAAGAGGGGGAAGAAAAGAAACUGAAAGAGGAGGAAGGCGAAGGGGAGGAGAAGAGGAAGAAGGAGCAAGAGCCGCUGACCGAGGAGCAGGAGUUGGAGGAGCUCAGGGCGCAGGUGCUGCAGCUGCUGCUGGAGCUGGAAGAGGCCAGAGAGACCUCCAACAAACAUCAGGAGAGCUUCCACGAGUUGCAAGGUCUACUGGAGGAUGAGCGUCUGGCAAGUGCCCAUCAGGCUGAGGCCUUCACACGACAGAUCCAGAAUCUACAAGCCCAGUUGCGCUCUGUGCAGGAGGAGAUGUACAGCCUGGAGGAGGAGAAGGACAGCGAGCUGGCCGAGGCCCAGGAGGAGCUGCGUGCAGCUCAGGAGGAGGUGCUCCUGCUCCAGCAGGCGGCGGAGGAGGCCGCGGCAGAGAGGGAGAAUGACAUCGCCUCGCUGCAGGAAGAGCUGUGUCGCCGGCGGGCUGAGCUGCAGCGCCUCAGUGAAGAAACCCAGGAGUAUGAGCUGGAGAUAACCACGCUCAGGGCUGAAAUCAACAUGAAGAGCCAGCGCAGGGAGGCAGAGAGGAGAGCGGGUGACGUAGACCUGCUAAAGGAAGAGUGCCGAAUGCUGAGGGAGGAGUGUCAGACCCUGAAGGAGGACAACAGAAGGCUCUCCGAGAGGCUGCAGCUGCUGCAAAGACAGAGGACAUGCUCUAGUGUCUACCUGUCACUGAAAGAGGAAGACGCAGGGGAGGGCACAGAGGGAAAGGUGAUGGAAACUGGCUCAGAUGAGGUCAUGACAGAGAGCUACAUGACCAUGGCCCAGUCUGAGAACUGUCGUUUGGUGGAUGCUUCCAUCCAGAAGAAUAUCUCAUUUGAUGGGAAGCCGAUGACACCCACGAGCUGGAGCGGAGGAAUCGGUGAGAUCUUCUCUCUGAGAGAUCAGCUGAAACAGGCUGAGGAGAAAGCCUCACAAGUUCAGAGAGAGUGUGAUGGUCUGAAGAUGGAGCUGCAGGAGUUGCAGGUACUGUAUGACAGCAGUCAGAGGGAGAGGGCAGAGCUGGAGGAGGAGCUACAGCGCUGCAAGGCAGAGCUGGAAAAGCUGUCAGGGGGUACGCAGAGAUUCAUCCAUCCGUCUGAGCACCCUGUUCUCUCCAUCCCCUUCAUAGGAAUGAUUGUAAUUGUGGCUGUGGUCUGGUGCUGGUUGUCGGAGCUGGCGUCCCAGAGAGCAAGGGGAGUGAGAUUGGAUGGAUAACAACUACACGGGAUGGACGUCUGCUUCAGACCAGCCCUCGUCUCUCCUGCCACGUCUAUAUAGAGUCAACUGGAAUGAUCUAAAUGUGAUAGAAGUGACAAGUUUGUAGUAGAAAACCUGCGGGAAAAUUUUGAUCUCUAAUGAGACGGUACUACACGCACACACAGACUGAGAAUGAUGCGCUCAGCCUCACUUGAGGCUGAAAACAACAAUGACAAUGAGCUGACCUGCAGAGAGUGCACACGAGGACUGAUCCGUCCUCUAAAUGUAUGCUUGUGCUGUGUCAUUCCUUCUUUGUGUCAGUGAAUAUUAUUUUUUUCUCCUUUAACAAUGUGACAAAUUAUGUUUUUAACAGUAUGUACCAAAGGGGUUUUGUUUAUUUAACCAUUAUUUAUUUAUUUGCUAUUUAACUGUCGUUAAUAGGUGUCUCUGAUCAUAAAGACAAGCAUUUGAUCUGGAUGAAUGCGCUGAAACCCCCAAAAUGUACAUAGCAGAAAGAACUGUUAACGAUGUGUUGCUGCCCUCCCAAACUACUAAAUGCAAUACAGACAUAAAGCUGGAUUAGAGGUCACAAAAGUCUUCAUGAAUUCACACUCCAACACAUCUACUGGUGUCAUUUUGCCCUUAAAUGAGAUAUUUAAAUGGUUUCAUUAUAAAACUCCAUGGCAUGCAAGCACAAGAAGGGUGGUUGGAGUCAGCAACUCAUCACCUUACUCUUAAUUUAUCAAUAAACCAACACACCAGAAGGUUAGUGCAGAGCCACCUCACUUUGAAAUAUCCCAGCCACAGCUGCAUUAUUAUCUUUACAGUAUGAUUCCCUGUAGUCUUGUUACGUUAGGAGCAAAUCCUGCGAAGAUGGAGUUCUGUUGUUAUGAUUUCUGAUACUUCAAGCUAAUGCUAACUUUAUUGUGAAGGAAUUAACCUUCUUUUUCCCUCGUUAAAGGGUUAAACUGGCUUCAGAGUGCUUUGUUAGCAAUUUUUAAGGCAACUGCAGAUUGUUUAAGGUACGCAAUGUGAGAAUAUCGACCUUCGGCGUUGCUGACUACAUGCUUUAUGAGAAAACAAACGAACAACUGCAGCUCUGAUAACUACCAGUUGAUAUCCAGAUAUUGACAGAUUACAACACUGAUGCAGUGAAAUGAACAAGCACAGCUAUUUCCGAAGGCAUUAUAGACACAGUUAUGGGUCCAAAAUAUGUAAAUAUGAAGGUGUCAGAAAGAGUUAGUCUAAGCAUCAGUUAGGAAAAACUUAUGUAUCUAUGGCAGGACUCUGUUUACAUUAGUGAUAUGUUAUUUUUUGUGAAAAUCUUUUAGAACUGAAAACAGCAUGCUAAAAAACAUAGAAGCACAAUAUAUAAUUUAUGUUGUUUAUGUGGAUUCUGUUUAUUCUUUGUAUUUCAUGUAAAUAGAUGUUACAUAUAGUACUAUGGGAGAGAUAUUUCUUAAAUCCAUUUGUACUAGCUUUGUAGAAAGUUGAUUCUAUUUUGAAAGAGCAUCGUAUAUUUGAUAGCCAAAAUAUAUGCCAUCUAAAUGUUUGUUAUUUAUGGUGACAUUAUUCAGGAGAGUUGAUUGCAUUGCUUACCAUUUCCGGUUCUUCUUUGUCUAAAGGUGGUGUAGCCGUUGCAUGCAUUUAGAUUGCAGUUGACCCUAGGUGCCAGAAAGUGCAAUAUGACUCCUGGUUUUUCAAGCCUGUUAUGUUUCAGAAAUGUAUUAAAAUAUUUUUUCUGAAGCCUUUGUCAUUAAACAGGACCUUCAUGAGCAAUGCCUAACAUAGACUAAGAAAAUAAUGUGCCAUUGGACUGCAAAUGUUGUCACUGUCUUUUGGAUCAAUUUGCAAUAGAAAUGGAGUUCCCAUUACUUGCAAUAGUAUAGAAUAUUGUCUGUUUUGAUACAUGUAUCAUUCACUCUGAGUUUAUUUCAUGAAUAUUACCUUUAUCAUAGUUUCAAAAGCUUCUGUACUGCAGUGUUUCUCAGCUUACUGCUUUACAUUUGGUUAGCAUAAUUGUUUUCAAUAUAGUUGUGGCUAUUUUGUUACCCGGAGGUCUAUUUUGCACUGUACAUGACUUGAGAAAAUAAAUAUA